AUGGCCUGGCAGGGCCCAAUGGGUUUACCAAUACCUGAGGCACAGAACGAAGCAGACGACGGGGGGAAGAUAAAUGGAGCAGAGAGAAACGGCGAGAUGUGCCACACCCUGGUACUGCUGCCUGUGGGAACUCCACACGACCUGAGUCCUUGGAUCGAUAACGGGUUCACUGGUGUCCGAGGCACAGAACGAAGCAGAGAAAAAGGAAGAGAAACGGAGCAGAGAAACGGCAAGACCUGUCGCACCCUGGUAUUGCAGCGUGUAAGAACUCCACAAGACCUGGUGCAUUGUGCAAAAGCAAAGUUUUAUCAGUUCAAUCGUUCAGACAACAUGAACGAAAGGUGCUACCAGCCCCUUCUGGGCACCAAUACUGUCUCUGCCGAUUUCGAGGAGAAAUGUGGUCAUGGACGUCCUCAAUUGUACUCAACAGCAGAUGAGCACCGGGUGGCUAAUACACUUCAACAGCGCAAUCGUCGGGCAAAACUCAGAGAGUACGAGAUCAAUAUGGAUUAUAUUGGAUAG